AACUUAUAUAAACCCCAUAAACCCUAAACCAUGAACACGAACUUUUUGCCCUGAACGAUUACCGCAGAGCUUCUUCUGCGACUCCGAGACACUCUCUCCGCUACCAAAUUCCGCUCACUGCUUCAUCUUCAACCGCCGUGCGCCGCCGCAAACACUGAAAUCAAUUUCAAUCGCAAACAAUCACAACCCGAACGAACUCCAUUCAAUUCAAUGAGUUCCUCUUAACUUCUCCCUUUUCAUUUUCAUUGCUUUGUUAAUUGUUAUUGUUCUGAUUGAAACUAAACGUGUGUUUGUUUUUCAUUUUAAUCAAUUUUCUGAUUGUUUUUAUAGUAUUACAUACUACAUAACUCUCUUUUGAUUGAUCACACAUAGACAAGUGUUUCAGCAGCUUCACAUGGCGAUUGACGGCAGUUUCAGUAUAGAGUCUUCGCUUCGGCGAUUUCUCGAUCGUUGCCCCGAGCUUCAACCUAAGUUCGGUUCGCUAGCAGAGAAGGGAAGCUUGGUUACUGAGGAGGAAGUAGUUGAUUCGUUAGUGAGGGUGUUUCUGCAUCCUAGAUAUACAAUUCCAUUGAUUGGAUGUUUCCGUCCAAUUGCUCGGAAUUUUGUCGACAAAGCUGUUGCUUUGCUUCGUCUGGUGAAGAAUUUGAGGUCUGAUACUGAGGGCACCGCCAUGGAAAUCGACGGUGAAGGUGAUUCUGUAUUGGGUGAUGUUGAGGAUGUCGUGGAGUCUUAUAGUGAAGGAAGGGGUUUAGUUCUUCAUGAGUUUGCUUGUCUGGCCUUCUGUCGUGCUCUUGACAUGUUUCCUUUUCUGCUGAGUUCUGUAUUGAACUAUUUCAAUUUUGCUCCUGCUCCUUUUGAAAGAUUUUCAAUGAAACAAGCUACGGUUGAGAUCCAUGAACUAAAUGUUGCCCAAAUAUCAUACCGCCUCCUUCUUAUGGAACCUGAAAUUUUCUCUAAGCUUUGGGACUGGUCUUGUUUUCUUGAUCUCGUAAAAGAGCCACAAAAACCAGACUUGUUAUGGUCUGGGGUGCAGAUAUUAGGAGUUGUGCUAAAGUUAGGUUUUAGAGCCACGGAAAGUUUGAAUAUUGUGGCUGACAAAGCAUUUGAAUGUCAAUUGCGUUGGGAAGAGUUCUGUCGAGACACAGCACUAGAGAAAGCUGCUUGGUUUGUUGAUUCAGCAGACCAUAUGUCUGGUUCUACAGAUAGAAGCAUGGAUUUCAAUCAAGCGAACUGUUUAAAAUCUUUCAGAUCUAAUCAUCAGGCUAUUAGCUCACCAAAUCUUCAUGAGUUGCAGCCACCUUUAAGGAGUCAACGGCGUUAUACAAGGGAUGGAAUGUCAUUAAGUAGUACUUUCAUAUUGACCUCAGCGGUGAAGCAAAGUUACCAGAGAGUUCUCUUGGCAUCUAGUCAGAAGUGGCCUGUCCUUUUAUAUGGUCCCUCUGGUUCUGGAAAAUCUGCCCUCAUUGCCAAGCUGGCUGAGGAAAGUGGAAACAAAGUUCUGUCUAUCCAGAUGGAUGAUCAAAUUGAUGGUAGGACAUUGGUUGGAGGAUAUGUUUGUACAGAUAGGCCAGGGGAGUUUAGAUGGCAGCCCGGUUCUCUUACUCAGGCUGUGCUGAAUGGUUUUUGGAUUGUUUUUGAGGAUAUUAACAAAGCACCAUCUGAUGUACACUCCAUUUUAUUGCCUCUAUUGGAAGGGGCUGGUUCAUUUAUGACAGGACACGGGGAGGUAAUAAAGGUGGCAGAAAAUUUUAGAUUGUUUUCAACAAUUGCUGUUUCUAAGUUCGACUCAUCUGAGAUAUCAGGUCAAUAUUCACUUAGUGUCCUUUGGAGAAAAGUAAUGAUUCAGCCACCAGGUAAUGAUGAUUUGCACGAGAUAGUCAAAGUGAAUUAUCCUGAUUUGGAGCCUCUUGCAGGAAAACUCAUAGAAACCUUUGAAACGGUUAACUCUAUUUCCAUGCCUCAAAUUGCGGGUCAUCUUGGCAGGUUCUCGUUAAGGGAUCUCCUUAAAUGGUGCAAAAGGAUCGCGGGUUUAGGUUUUAGCUUUGAUGGUAGCUUGCCAGAAGAGAAAUGUAAUUCUGUGUGUAAAGAGGCUAUUGAUGUAUUUGCGACCUUUUCAACAUCUUUAAAAAACCGGUUGUUGAUAAUGAAAGAGAUAAAAAAGUUGUGGAAAAUACGAGAUUCUGCUGUUGAGGCCCUGUAUCCCCCGGACAAACCAAUAAUUCAGGAUUUUGUUACAGAGUUAAGAAUAGGCCGGGUUUCUCUUCAGUACACUAAAAAACCUUUACCUGAAGGUAAAAAACAUUUUGUUGAGAUCCGUAGAUCUCUGUAUGCAUUAGAGAGCAUAGCUAGCUCUGUCAAGUAUAAUGAGCCUGUACUCUUGGUUGGAGAAACUGGUACUGGGAAGACCACACUUGUCCAAAAUUUGGCUUCAAGGCUUGGUCAAAGACUUACUGUUUUGAACAUGAGUCAACAAAGUGAUGUUGCUGACAUACUAGGAGGGUUCAAGCCUGUAGAUGCACAGUUUGUGUAUUUCCCUCUUUAUAAGGAAUUUGAAGAUCUCUUUUCCAGGACAUUUUCUAUGAAGGGAAAUGUAGACUUUCUUAGACACCUACAGGAGUUUUUAUCUCGUAAGAAUUGGGAAAUGCUACUUAAAGGGUUUAGGAAAGGAGUUGAAAAAGCAGUUGAGCUUAUAAGAACUGGACCAUCUAAAAAGCGUAAAAGGCCAUUAAAAGAAGAAAAAAUCCAAGCUUGGGAAAGAUUUUCUAUGAAACUUGAAAGUAUCUAUCAAAGUAAUCCAUCUUCGGGGAUGAUGUUUUCUUUUGUAGAAGGAAGUUUUGUUACUGCUCUUAGAAAUGGUGAGUGGAUUUUGCUUGAUGAGGUGAAUUUAGCUCCUCCAGAAACGUUGCAAAGAAUUGUCGGUGUUCUAGAAGGGGAAAAUGGGGCUCUAUGUUUAGCUGAAAGAGGUGAUAUUGAUUAUAUACACCGUCAUCCAAACUUUCGUAUAUUUGCUUGCAUGAAUCCUGCAACAGAUGCAGGGAAGCGGGAUUUGCCCUUUUCUUUGAGGAGUAGAUUUACUGAGUAUUUUGUUGAUGAUGUUUUGGAUGAUGAUGAUUUAAGUCUAUUUAUUAGUCGGUUCAUCAAGGAAGAUCAUAAAAAUAAUGAUGUUGUUUUGGAUCGUUGGCGAGUGAAUAAAAUUGUUUGUUUUUAUAAGGAAUCAAAAAAGGAAUCUGAAGAGAGGCUGCAGGAUGGUGCUAAUCAGAAACCUCAAUACAGUUUAAGAUCCCUUUAUCGUGCUCUAGAGUAUACUAGGAAAGCAAAGAAAAAAUUUGGAUUUGAAAAGGCAUUAUAUGAUGGCUUUAGUAUGUUUUUCCUCACGAUGUUGGAUGGACCUAGUGCUAAAAUAAUGAGGCAAAAGAUACUGUCCCUUCUGUUAGGGGGUAAGUUGCCUUCACAUGUGGAUUUUGUUAGCUAUUUGGAUACCUUCAACUCUGAUGGAUAUUCAGGGAGGUAUGUUCAAACUAAAAGUAUCCAGGAGCAUCUCGGAAAUUUGGCCCGUGCUGUUCUAAUAAAGAGGUACCCUGUUCUCCUACAGGGACCCACAUCUAGUGGAAAAACUAGCCUUGUUAAGUACCUUGCUGCAACAACCGGACAUGAGUUCAUAAGAAUCAAUAAUCACGAACACACUGAUUUGCAAGAGUAUCUUGGUUCUUACAUAACUGAUGCUAGUGGGAAGCUUGUUUUUAAUGAAGGUGCUUUGGUUAAAGCUGUAAGAAAUGGUUACUGGAUUGUACUGGAUGAGCUUAACUUGGCUCCAUCUGAUGUAUUGGAGGCUUUAAACCGAUUACUUGAUGAUAACAGAGAGCUUUUUGUUCCUGAACUGCAACUGACGAUUCAAGCACAUCCAGACUUUAUGCUUUUUGCCACUCAAAAUCCACCUACGCAUUAUGGUGGGCGUAAAAUGUUGUCUCGGGCAUUUCGCAAUCGUUUUGUGGAGAUUCAUGUUGAGGAAAUUCCUGAUGAUGAAUUGAGCCAAAUAUUGUGUGAGAAAUGUGAAAUUCCCCCAAGUUAUGCGAAAAUAAUGGUUGAAGUCAUGACGGAGCUUCACUUGCAGAGACAGAGUAGCAGAGUCUUCGCUGGUAAACAUGGAUUCAUAACUCCUCGAGACUUGUUUCGUUGGGCUAAUCGUUUCAAGAUGUUUGGUAAGACUAAAGAGGAUUUGGCCGAAGAUGGGUAUUAUCUUUUGGCAGAAAGGCUACGGGAUGAGAAUGAGAAGUCUGUUGUUCACAAAGCUCUAUGUAAGCCUCGCCGGGUUGAGAAUGAGAAGUCUGAUGUUCACAAAGCUCAAAGUAAGCAUUGUCAGGAAGAGCUAAACAUAAAAAAUUUGUAUAAUCAGCAUUCUUGCUUAAUUGGGGAAAGUUCAAAGGGUCUUGAGAGGGUAAUCUUGACCAAAAGUAUGCAGAGGUUAUACUUCCUUUUGGAGCGCUGCUUUCAAUUACGUGAGCCUGUUCUGCUUGUUGGGGAAACAGGUGGAGGGAAGACUACUGUCUGUCAGUUGCUAAGUGCUCAUUUGAAGUUGAAGUUACAUAUCUUGAACUGUCAUCAGUAUACUGAAACAUCUGAUUUUAUUGGGGGGUUUCGUCCUAUUCGAGAGAGAUCCAGACUGAUUUCUGAGUUUAAAGACAUCCUUGAACAGUUGAAGAAACUAAAGGCUUUUACAUACUAUCCUGAAAACCUUCUUGUUUCUUCUGACAUAGAUCAAGCUUCUUCAACUAUUAAAUCGCUGAGUGAUAUGAUAUGUAAAUAUAAAGAAGGCAAAGUUUGUAUUGCUGAUGUCAACAGUGAAGAUUUAUACGAUUUUGAGCAGUUAAAAUUGAAGCUUGAGGUGUUGCAUCAAAAGUGGCAGAGCAUAUUUGUGUGGCAGGAUGGUCCCCUUGUAAGAGCAAUGAGAGACGGUGAUCUCUUUCUUGUAGAUGAGAUUUCCUUGGCUGAUGAUAGUGUCCUUGAGAGAUUGAAUAGUGUGCUGGAGCCAGAAAGGAUGCUAUCUUUGGCUGAGAAAGGAGGGCCUGCGCUGGAGAAAGUUGAAGCACAUUCGAAUUUCUUUGUUCUUGCUACGAUGAACCCUGGGGGUGAUUAUGGCAAGAAAGAGUUGUCUCCAGCAUUACGAAACCGGUUCACAGAGAUAUGGGUUCCCCCUGUUAAUGAUCUAGACGAGCUUCAAGAAAUUGCUCUUAAAAGAAUUUCCAACUUAGGUCCCGCUUAUCAACAAAGACUAUCACUCAUUGUUAAUACUAUGGUUAGUUUUUGGGAGUGGUUCAACAAAUUACAUCCGGGAAGAAUGCUUACUGUUAGAGAUCUCAUUUCUUGGGUCGCGUUUUUUGAUGUUACGGUAGAAAGAUUAGGACCUGAAUAUGCACUUCUUCACGGAGCAUUUCUUGUUUUGCUUGAUGGCUUAAGUCUAGGGACAGGAAUGUCAAAAAUUGAUGCUGCAGAGCUAAGGGAGAGAUGUUUGUCCUUUCUUCUCCAAAAGCUGAGUGUUGAUGAAAGCAAUUUGUUAUAUUCAAAGCUUUCACAAAUGGAAAACUACGGUUGGGGUGAAUUUGGCAGAACUGAGGAUGUGUCACAUAGUGAUGAUAAGCAUUCUGAUGAUUUAUUUGGAAUUCAUCCGUUUUAUAUCAAGAAAGGUUUUGGAAGUUGUGAGAAUGGUGGUUUUGAAUUCAAGGCACCAACUACCCACAGAAAUGCCUUGAGAGUUUUGCGGGCUAUGCAACUUCCAAAGCCUGUUUUACUGGAGGGUAGUCCAGGUGUUGGUAAAACAAGCUUAAUCACUGCCAUGGGAAAGGCUUCUGGGCACAGAGUUGUGCGGAUUAAUUUAUCUGAGCAGACUGAUAUGAUGGAUUUAUUGGGGUCUGAUUUACCAGUGGAAAGUGAUGAAGGAGUGAUGUUUUCUUGGUCCGAUGGCAUUCUACUGCAGGCCCUGAAGGAGGGCUGUUGGGUUUUACUGGAUGAGCUUAAUCUUGCCCCACAAUCUGUUUUAGAGGGUUUAAAUGCUAUUCUGGACCACCGAGCUGAGGUGUUUAUACCGGAGCUGGGUAAGACUUAUAAUUGUCCACCAUCAUUUAGAGUUUUUGCCUGUCAGAAUCCAUCACUUCAAGGCGGUGGACGGAAAGGUCUUCCAAGAUCUUUUCUUAAUCGAUUUACCAAGGUAUACAUGGAUGAGUUAGUUGAUGAAGACUAUCUAUCCAUUUGCAUAUCAAAAUUUUCAAGUAUCCCUAAGCCUUUAAUUUCAAAGAUAAUCUUAUUCAAUAAAAGAAUGCAUGAAGAAACUAUGCUGAAUUCAAAGUUUGCGAGGGAAGGCUUCCCAUGGGAAUUCAAUCUUCGUGAUGUGUUUCGAUCUUGUGAGAUAAUUGAAGGUGCACCAAAGUAUUUGGGAGAACAUUCAUUCUUGAACAUUGUCUACAUUCAAAGAAUGCGCACGGAAGCUGAUCGCAAGGAAGUGUUACGGAUCUUCAAGGAGGUAUUUGAGGUGACACCGUUUAUAAAUCCAUAUCCUCGUGUUCAUCUCAAUUCAGAUAAUUUAGUUGUGGGAAGUGUUACUAUUAAGAGAAGUCAUGCCCAACCACAUAUUGCCUCAGAAAGUCAUCUCCUGAUAUUGCCUGAAAUUCGUCAAAGUCUGGAAGCUGCUGCUCAGUGUGUUGAGCGUCAAUGGUUAUGUAUCUUGAUUGGACCUUCUUCCUCCGGGAAAACUUCGCUGAUAAGAUUACUUGCUAACCUAACAGGCAAUGUAGUUAAUGAAAUAAAUCUUUCAUCUGCAACUGAUAUUUCUGAAUUACUGGGAUCUUUUGAACAAUAUGAUGCUUUGCGUACUUUUCGCACUGUUGUUGCUCAAGUUGAGCGCUAUGUUAAUGAGUACUGCAGUUUGCAACUGGAAGCUUCAAAGGAAGUUAUUUUUAGGGAGAGAGAUUUACAUAACAAAUGGAUUGUUUUCCUGUCUGGCGUGAAAUUUGACAGUUUGGCAGCUUCUGCUUCUGAUUAUUUUGAAACUUGGCAGAAAAUAAUUUGUUCUCUUAGUUUGUUAGCUGAAAUCAUUAAACAACUAAAGUUGAUUGUAGAAAAGAACUCUCUCCCCCUAUCUUAUUCAACUGGGGAGCUUGACUUGGCCUUGCAAACGAUACAGAAGCUCGAGGCAGACGAUCAGAUAAGGUUGGUUUCAACAAAAUUUGAAUGGGUUACUGGAUUGCUGAUUAAGGCUAUAGAGCAAGGGGAAUGGAUUGUCUUGGACAAUGCAAAUCUAUGUAAUCCCACGGUUCUUGAUAGGAUUAACUCUUUGGUGGAACCUUGUGGAUCAAUUACGGUCAAUGAGCGUGGAAUUAUUGAUGGAAACCCCUUGGUUAUCCAUCCCCACCCAAAUUUCCGCAUGUUUCUCACUGUUAAUCCCCACUAUGGUGAAGUUUCUCGAGCAAUGCGUAAUAGGGGAGUUGAAAUAUUUAUGAUGCAGCCAUAUUGGGCAUUGGAUGAUGGAAGUGGAUACAAUUAUGAGAAUACUGAAUUCAAAGAUGUGAAAAGAUUUCUUAUUGUAUCGGGUAUUCCGAUUGCCCAGUUGAUUGAAUCAAUGGCCAAAGCCCACAUAUAUGCUAAAAAUAAAGGUUCAGAGCUUAAUAUUCACAUUACGUAUCUUGAACUUUCACAUUGGGUUCAUCUUUUUCUGCAGCUUCUCAUGAAUGGCUGUCAUCCUAUUUGGAGUCUCCAACUAAGUUGGGAGCAUAUAUAUCUCUCCUCACUGGGUGUUGAAGGGGUGAAAGUAAUCAAUUAUGCGAAAACUACAUAUUUAGCUGGAUAUGAUUCUUUGGUGUCCCGUCCUUUGGGUUUGCCAGGAGGAUGGCCUGUUCCGUUGAGAUUAAGGGAUUAUAUAUAUUGCUCAAAAGAGGCUUCUAUCAAGCAGAACUGCAUGUAUCUGGAGUUUCUCGGAACACAGAUUGCAUCCCAUCAAUAUCAAAUUGCUAGAAGACGGAAUGCAACAUCUUGUUUACAAACUGCUGGUGAUCAUUUGAGCUCAUAUUUGAUGGAUACGAGGACUUUACUUGAAAUUAUUUUCCCCAAGUUUUCUACCGAGACGAUUUCUGACUCUGAGAGGGAAUGUGAAUUUGACUCAGAUUUGACAAACAAGAUGCUAUUGUUUGCAGCCUAUUGGACAAUUGAGCAAGUAACAGAAAGUGAUUGGGAGCUUUAUCGUCUUAGGUUCAAUUGGUUUAGUUCUCAGUUGCAGCCCUUCUGUCAAUUCUUUAAUAACUUCCUCAAGCUGAUGGAUCAGUUGAUCAAGCAUCCUAUUUGGGAAUACAUUUCAAGUCGUGGAAAACUAGAUUUUGAUUUGCAGUUAAUGCCACUAUUAUCACUUGAUAUAGUUGAUUUGAAAGCAUCAAAUGGCAAAAUUAAGUAUCUCUGUAAUGCUAUAUGUUGCUUUGAUCCGCUAAGGUUAACUUACCAGCAAUGGAUGACUGAGAACCUGCAUAGUUUUGAUGAUAAAACCUUUAGUCCGGUUUUGAAGUCUCUUCAUAUAUUGGAAGAUGAAUUCCUCAAUAAACUUGUUUCAUCAACUCAUAUGCUGAUUGAGGAUCAGACGUUUGAUUAUAAAAUACAGUUAUACUCUGACCUUAUUCAGGACCAUGUAUUAUUUUGGCAGCACUUCAUUUCUAGGAGGUCUGAUCACAUGAUAAUUUCUUGGCAUUCUUUGGUCAAAGUUGCUGGGAAGUUUAUUCAUAUCUGUCCAGAAGCUGUAAAUGAUUUUUUGAUGGCGAGCGAAAAUCUGAAAAGGUUCUCAGAAGAAUCCUUGCUGUGGAUUCAUGGUGGUCACCCAUUUUUGCCAUCCAAUUCUGAUGUACAUGAUAAACAUCAUCAGCUUUUAAAAUUUGUUGAAUCACUUUGGCCAAGAAACAGAGCGUCCAGUAAUCAAGGAAUAGUGAGUAGCCAUCUUGGUGCAUCAUUUGAUCACGAUCUACGCUUUGUUGCGAUGCAAGAUGUCUCGAAGUCAUCAUUUAUAAUAUCGAGGUGGAGUCAUGAGGAUGAUGGUGUUAAUAUUGUUCAUAAGUUGGAGGAGGUUUAUCAGGUUCUGUUAAGAAGGUUUGGUUCUGUAAAAAACAAGUUGCAACUAAAUACAGGGUCUGAAGAUCUUUCCGCUUUUACUGAACAUCAAACUGUUUGUUGUGCAUUUACACCUGUAUUUAAGGGCUGGCAGGAUGUGUUUCCUCCGGUUGAUCAUACCAGUUUGUUAUGCGACAUGAAGUUACUUCAGGAACUCUCAUCAGUGCCCUUGGAUGAUUUCGAUGGGUUACGCCGAGCCGUGGGACGUCUUUCCAACCUUUUGGCCUAUGCUUUGAAAUUUUCCUUGAGUUUCUCAUCAAGAUCCCCACAAAUGUUUUCACCACAUCAGAAGAUCUUGUGGACCCUGGAGGCAUGGACUUCGGUUGAUGCAGUUAAUAUGAAAAUGGCAAGCUUUAUUCUGGAGAUGUGGUUUCAAUGGCAUGAAUCUAUGUGGGCGUGCUCCUCUCAAUUUGUUAAGAAUUUAUCAAAGAUUGAAGGUUUUGAUACUAUUAGUUCUGCACUACCCACCAUACUCAUUGGGCCUGUCAGUGCAUCCACUGUGUUGCAGAUCACGCAAAACACACAUGCUAUCAAGGAACUUCGGGUGCAAUGUCUCAAGUAUAGAGUUACCUUGUCCAAUUUGUGGCAUUGCUAUCAUGAUGGGUCUUGUGUGCCAAAUUUUCUUUUAUCUGCUGCUCGCUCUCUUUUCCAGCAGAUUAUUUAUGCCCACAGAAAAUCAUUUGAUGUGGAUAAAUUUGCUGUAAUUAAGUCAAUUUUUUCUUCUUUUGAGAAAAACAUAGCUACGGAAGUAAGCGUCUCUUCGGUGAUCUCCCUUUUUGCUGCAUCACGUAACCGCAGAUUUAAGAACUCAGUGCAAAAGUUCAUAGUUCCUCUGUUCAGAGAGCUGUAUCUUCAGUCCACUACUGCAGAUUUCAAUUAUACUAUUGGUUGCGCUUGGGUACGGAUUGGGGCAUUACGCAUUCAUCUCUUGCUUAGCUGCAAUGACAUAGAUCCUGCAAUGAAGUACUACUGCAAGUACAAUCAACUUGUGGAAAGAAUAUCUUCACUUGAAGUUGAAAUUCAGGUGCGGAAAGAGUGUGAGUAUUUGGCAGGACAAUUUUUUACAAGAGAAGUUGACAAGAGAAAGGCAGAAAGGCUAGAAAUGCUUAAAUCAGAGUGUAGAAAGCUGCAAAGAAAGGUUGUGUUCCGCUCUGAACCCUUGAAAUACAAGAAUUUAAUGGGAGAAUGUGAGGGGUUUCUUAAAUUUGUUGGUGAUUUGGAAGUUUUGGUGACUGGUGGUGAAACAAUGGAAUUACAACAGUUCGAUACGGAAGCUCAGAACCGGCAGACAACAGCAAGUUGUUUUAUUGAACGGUUGAUGGAUGAGUACACAACAUAUAAUGACAUUAUUCAACCAAUUAUAGUUGCUGUGUAUGAGAUGAAAUUUGGAUUGUCAUUGGUUCUGUCAAGUGUCAUGGAGAAAGAAUAUUGGAGAAAAGUUGGGCAGGACAACAUCAACCUGUUUAUGGAAAUGUUAUACACACUGAUGCGUUUCCCUCGCGGUGGGGCAUGCAAAUUCGUUUCUGUUAAAUGUGACAUUGGGUUGGACAUGCGUCCUUCAUACAGGCUAGAUUUUGAUACAGGGUUUAGUUCGGUGAAUUUGGGUUUUCUGGAAAGGCUUGUUGCUCUUUCAAGUGGCAUUGCCAAUGAUAAAAAGGUAUCUGUGAUGCAAUAUCGAGCUGCUGCCUAUUGGAACAUUCUUGGUCAAAUUGCCCAUUCUAUAGCUACGGCAAAAAUAAUUGAUCGUGGAUCUUAUACGCUUUUGCACAAGAUAUUUGAUGAGUUUGCCAGACUUUGGAUAAGUAAGAAAGUUAAUGCAAAAUCAGAAAGUGAUUCUAAAGCUCAGCAGUUCAAGCUUAAGCCUCGAGCUUUUCAAAUUGAAAGUGUUAUUGAAGAUGAAAUUGAAACUCUUGGAAGCUCGUGUCCAGCUAAAACAUUUUCAGAAUGGAAAGAAUUUUCGUUUGAAGAAAAGUCAGCUGACAAUAUGGAAUCAGCAGAGGAAUGUGAUAUACUGGACGAAGAGUGGAAGCAGCUGGAAGAGUCAAUCCUUGGAAACCUGGUUCUAAUUCAUAAUAUGUUAUUUGGAUCUGGUGAUCUAAUCCAAGCUCCGGGAACUUUCCAAGUUUCUGAUACAGAUCGGUUGCUUUCCUUUAGUGACUCGUAUGCGUUCGGUAUUGAUUUAAUGAAAGGUGUUCAGUCUUCAGUUUUGCCCAGUUUAGAUGCAAAACUUAUGCCGGAGCAUAUAUUUUCUCUCUGUAUUGACUAUCGAAAGAAGUUUCUUUCGACUUACAAUUCUGCUCCCAGAUACAAUUUUUACAAGGAUUCAAAUGCACAUGAGAUGGGACAAAUGUUAGAAGUACUUGCACCUCUCCGACAGCAGAUUCUUUCCAUUCCAAAUGUGUGGGAUGAUCAUAAUGAUCUUAGGAAGAUUUUGGAUGUAAUUGACAUGAUCUUGUCUCUUCCGUCUAGCAUCCCUUUAGCUAAGGCCUUUUCAGGGUUGCAGUUCUUACUGCACAAAGCUCAAGUUAUGCAAGAAAAUGAUCCAAAGUUCUCCUUCUCCGAUAAGUUCAAAUCCGUUUUUGAUCUGAUGUCAUCUUGGCAAAAGUUGGAAUUGGGCUCUUGGCCUACUUUGCUUGAUGAGGUGAUGGAUCAAUAUGAGAAUAAUGCUGGGAAAUUGUGGUUCCCUCUGUACUCUAUUCUUUCAACUGGUUCUUCUGAUGAACUAAUUGUUGAGAGCCUUGAGAACUUCAUUCACACAUCUAGCAUUGGGGAAUUUAGGAGACGGCUUCAACUUCUUUUUGCUUUCCUUGGUCAAAACCACAUCAGAGCAUGCCUUGAAAUUAAUCCAAGUCCUUGUGGGAUGGAACAGUCAGCAUUCUUGUACAAUAUAUUUGGAUUUUAUGUGCAGUUCUUACCAAUAGUUUUGAAGUACAUUGACAAUAGUAGGAAAGAAAUUGAGAUCGAACUGAAAAAAUUGGUUAAACUAUGUCGGUGGGAGCAUGGUAAGAGUUAUUCAUCAAUAGAAAGCUUGAGAAAGCAUCGGCAGAAACUGAAGAAGUUUAUACAGAAAUAUACUGAUAUUCUGCAAGAGCCUGUGUCCAUUUUCCUCAACCAAGAAGCUGCGCUAAGACCAAAUGCUCAAUCUUCUCAUGGUCAUAAGCUCAUACAUGAUACUCUAAAGGGUUCAGUCGCUGAUUCGUUUGAAUUGACAUUUUUCAGUGUUGAAAACAGGUCCACGUGGUUUGAGAAUUGCAUCAAAAAAUUAGAUAGUGCUGUGCAGAAGUUGCAGCUUAAGAAAACAUCCGUGAUUGAUGUUCUAUCUUUGUAUCAGAAAAAUAGUGAAGAAGUUGAAAGCAUAUUUAGACCUUGCUGUGAUUCUCAGCAUGCAGUUGACUUGAAGAGAUGGAAAGCUGUGUGGCACAUGAUUGAAAGUAUUUAUGUCACAGCAGAAGAUUCUGGUAUUGUUUUAAAGGAUGAAAAAAAUAGUCAAAGGAAGAGAAGAACUUUUUUUGAGCUUCUCGACCUUUUAGAAAGGAAUGGGUUAUCUCGACACAUAUCUAAGAAGGAUGAACAUAAAACAUGGUGGUUCCUUCAGCUUUCUGGGAACAUUCAAUAUUUACUGCUAGCAAAUAGUAGAUUACCUUGUGAAACCUUGAUUGCUUCUGAAGUUGAAGAUAAGAAUGUCCUUGAGGAAAGCUUGCUGAUGAACUGGAAGAUGUCCAUUGAACAUUACUUCAAGAGUGUUAUGUCUGUGCUUCUUCUGCAGCAGAUAUGCCUGAAUCCUCAUAAAGAUAUAGAACUUGAACGGGUUGAAAGGUCUAGCUAUUUUCUCAUCCAGCUUGUUCAGAUACAAAAGAAGCAACUUACUACUGCCAGUGCUUUUGAUGAGCAAUUGAAACGUUUUAGAGAAUGUGUAUCUACUCUUGGAAAGUUGUUUUCAUUAUCCUCUUCUACUGAUGAAAAUACGGUACAUAUGUGCACUAUUAUUCCAGAGCAGCUUGCUACUUAUGAAUGCCUGUGGCAACAAAAGCAAUUAUUUGAUAGUCUGUGUGCUAUAUCAAAUGAAGAAUUGCUUUUACUGAGGACACUAGAAAAUAGCCAUUUGAACACUUGUCAGAAAACAAGACCUCAAGUCAGUCAGAUAAUUGCUUCCAUCGAAGAAUUUUUACCAGUGUUCAAUAAAUCAAAGGAAUCAUUGGAUUGUUACCUGAUUGGGGGGUCGAAAGCUGUCACUGCAAUGACUUCGUCCUCACAUGAUUAUGUUGUUACUCAAGGAAUGGUGCAGCUGGUAUCUGAAAAUUUCAAAGCCAUAAAUGAUUUUAAGGAGCAUUUUCUUGCACUACAGGAGCUAGAUAUAGAUAGAAGCUCAGUGAAAAAGGUUCUGAUUCAUAAUUUUCAAGAAAUAACUGAUAAGGCAAAUUUAAUUGAGGAAGAGUUUAAUGCUGCAAUAAAGGCAAAUUCUAAUCCAGUUGAUUCAUCUGAAGAGGAUAAAUUUUGUGAAAGACACUCUGUGGAGCUCAAUGCUAGGUUUGAUGAAGCUCUCAAGUCUUCAUAUCAGCAUAUUGCAACUGUGUUGCAGAAUUUAUGUUUGUCAAGCAGUAUCUAUAACUUGGAAGAGUCCACAGAGAACUUUGCAUCAUGGGAAGUGAUAUUUGAUUCAUUUGUCGCAAUUCUCAAUUUGGAUUGGCUAUGUGAUCAUAUUUUCAAAACAGUCACUUUUGGGGAGAAGCUGGUGAAUCAAUACGACAAUAAAAUUAACAGUUACUCUUGCAAAGUAGGAGCUCAUUUUAGAAAUCUACAUAUGCUACUGGGUCUUUUACUGAAUUUUUGUGAUGAGCUCAUAAAGAAUCUCUUGGCUAUGCACAGAUCAGUAUCAGUAACAACUCAUGUGAUUGCAAAUAUUUUAGUUUCUUUAUUUUCAAAAGGAUUUGGAUUUUCAACUGAAAACAAAGAGGACGACGGCACCCACAAUACAUCUGAAGGUGCAAGUGGAACCGGCAUGGGGGAGGGUGUUGGAUUAAAUGAUGUCAGUGAUCAGAUUACUGAUGAAGAUCAGUUGCUGGGAACAAAGGAACAGCAAAAAGAAAAACAAGAUGACCUCAGAGAAGUGCCAAGUAGCAAUGAUACAGGGAUUGAGAUGGAACAAGAUUUUCAGGCUGAUGCAGUAAGCCUUAGUGAGGACUCCGGAGAAGAUGAAGAUAAUGAUGGUGAGAAUGAGGAACUUGAGUCAGAAAUGGGAACUGCUGGAGAAAAUAGUGAAGUUGCUGGAGAGAAACUUUGGGAUGAGAAUGAAGAUGAAACACCCGAUGAUACAAGAGAGAAGUAUGAAUCUGGACCAUCAGCUAAGGAUAGAGAUGGAAGCAACAGGGAGUUAAGAGCCAAGGAUGACUCCACCAGUAAUGAACCUAUGGAUGGUAAUUAUGAUGAAGGUGAUGCUCAGAACGAUGAAUCUGCAACACAGGAUGACUCUGGUGAUGGAGAAAAUGCAGAUGAUGUAAAGAUGGACAAAGAAGAAGCAUAUUCUGAUGCUACUGGAUUAAAGCCUGAUGAAUUGGAUCAAAGUUCUGAUAUGGAUAUGGAUUCAAAUGUAGAGGAAGAUGCAGAUCAUAUGGAAGAGGGAGAUCCUGAAGAGCUUGAUGAUCCAGCUGAGAAUGGAAACCACGGAAACCAGGAUGAAGAGACAUGCUCACCUGAUGAAAAUAUGGAAGAAGCUCAUACUGAAGUUGAUGCAACGUCCGAAAAAGAUGUUCCGGGUCAGGACCACCAAGAUAAUGGUGACCUGAAUUCGAUGGAACCAAAGAAAGAUGCACCUGAGACUUCUGAUUUGGUUAGGGAGCAAGUUUGCACUGCAGAAUUAGCAUCACAGUCCAAAGAUGAUAUGCAGACACCUGUUUCUGAAAAUGUAACAGCAGAGUCAUAUUGGUCAAAUAGUCAUCAUGACUUCGACAACCCGGCUCUCUUGGGAGGCUUUCCUUCCAAUAGUGUGUCUGAGAUGGAUCUUAAGAAAACAGACUCUUCAAAUACAGGGGGGUUCAAUGAAAAUCAACCUAAAUCUGACCAUCAACAUAAUGAGCACCCAUUUAGUAAGGAAAACCAUACUAAUCCUUAUCGAAGUAAAGGUGAUGUACUUGAGUUCCAGCAGGAAAGAAUUAAAGUAUCAGGUGAUCUCCUGGAAAAUAACACGGAGCAGGGUGAAAUGAAUGAUGACAAUGCAGAUGAGUAUGGCUAUGUUUCUGAAUUUGAAAAGGGGACAGCUCAGGCUCUGGGACCUGCAACAUUGGAGCAGAUUGAUAAAAACAUUGAUGGUGAUAAGCUUAAUCCAGAGUGUCAUACUGGUGAAGAUGCAGAGUUACAGUUUGAGAAGGAAAAGUCAGAAAUAGAUUCUGUAAGCAAUUCUUCCUCAAUUCCAAAAAAUGAAAAAAGGGAGCAAGUAAAUAUCUCCGCCACAGAGAAGUCACAAGAUGAUGGAUCAGUGACACCUCUUGCUAGUGAUAAUAUUGAUCCUGAAAGUCGUCUCGAAGAUGUUGUUUCUUUCAGGGGAUCAUACUUGAGCGAGAACACAGAUAGAUUAAGCCAACUUUCUGUGGAUGAUGAGGAAUUGGGGAAAGUCCAAGAUCCUGGUGACGUUCCUGAUAAUGUGAAAAAUGAUGCUAGCACUAUGUGGAGAAGAUAUGAACUUAGCACAACAAAGUUGUCACUGGAGUUGGCUGAACAAUUGCGCCUUGUAAUGGAGCCCACAGUGGCCAGCAAGCUCCAAGGGGAUUAUAGAACUGGCAAAAGGAUAAAUAUGAAGAAGGUAAUUCCAUACAUAGCCAGUCAUUAUCGUAAAGAUAAAAUAUGGUUGAGGCGGACCAGACCAAACAAACGUGAUUACCAGGUUGUGAUUGCUAUUGAUGAUUCACGAAGCAUGUCAGAGGGUAAAUGCGGUGAGGUUGCUAUUGAAGCUUUGGUUACAGUAUGCCGUGCUAUUACUCACCUGGAAAUGGGGAGCUUAGCAGUCGCAAGCUUUGGAACAAAAGGAAACAUAAAAUUACUACAUGAUUUUGACAGGCCAUUCACCGGAGAGGCUGGUAUUAAGAUGAUCUCCAAUUUGACAUUCAAACAGGAUAAUACUGUAACUGAUGAGCCAGUUGUUGAUCUGUUGAAGUUCUUGACAGACAAGCUUGACGCUGCAGUUGUAAAAGCACGACUUCCAACUGGACGCAACCCCCUCCAGCAACUUGUUUUAAUAAUUUCAGAUGGCCGGUUGACUGAAAAGGAGAAAUUAAAGCAGUGUAUUCGAGAUGUGUCUGCCGGUAACCGGAUGGUUGUUUUCUUGGUUCUAGAUGCUUCUGAGGAGUCAAUUAUGGAUUUCCAGGAAAUAUCUCAUAAGGGUGGAAAUGUGGAUAUGACCAAGUAUAUGGAUUCUUUCCCCUUUCCGUACUUUAUCGUUAUGAAGAACAUUGAGGCACUGCCUAGAACGCUAACAAACCUACUGAGACAAUGGUUGGAGCUUAUGCAACAUUCAACAGAUUUGUGAUUGGUUGGAGACUGAAAUACAAUGGGCAAAUUUCAUUUUUGAACUAAAGAGUGGAGUUUUGACCUGUUUCAUAUUGAAAUGGGGGGAAAAGGGAGAAAAAAAUAUUGGAUGGAGUACUAUGGUCUCAGCUCAUAUUUUUACAUAUAUAGUGCACAAAAUUGUAUAGUCUUUGUAUAGUUCUGUAAUCCAUUGUACAGAUCUUGCUGCUUUGGUUUUCAGGAUAUCAUGUUUGUUACUUUUGAUGAAUGUUAACAAGCGGCUUUCAUAGCAUGUUUUGUUAUUGGCAUGUUUGCAGUUAGCCAAUGUGAAGAUCCUAUGAAAAUUUCAUGGCAUAAUUUCAAGCAAUGAGUAUUGUAUACUGCAUUACAAUUACUGCUAUCAAAGAUGAUUGAAAAUUUAUUUUGAGAA